AUCUCUAUAUAUACAUUUAAUUCUAUGAAACAAUUAUCAAUUUAUUUGAAAAGGACAAGCCAGAAGAUGAGUUCAAACAAAAAUACUACUCCAAUGAGUCGAGGUGGAGUACGACCCGUAUAUGAAGUAUUCAAGCCCAUGUCAGAAUGGAACGAAGAAGAACAGUCCGACAUUCUUCUCCUUUAUCUCCCUGGCUUCAUGAAAGAACAAAUAAGGGUUUCAACGGAAGGAGUGAACACCUUAAGGAUCCAAGGGGAGCGUUUAGUUGCGGGUAACAAAUGGAAUCGCUUUGAGGAAGAUUUUCGCAUUCCAGAUCGGUGUAACCUUGGAGGAAUUCAUGCCAAGGUUCAAGGAGGAGUUCUAAUCAUUACCAUGCCAAAGAAGAUAGAAUUCAAACAACCUAAUGAUCGAGUACAACAACAACAAAAACCACUUAUACAAGAACCGGUGCCAGUGCCAGUGCCAAAGCCAAAACCAAUUCCGGAACCUUCUCAAAGGGUGCAAGAAGAAAGCAAGACUAAAAGCAACAAUCUUAUCCCGGAACAAGCUUUUGAAUCCUCAAAUUAUAGAGAAGGGAAUGUUAACAACCUUAACAUGCCCAAAUUCGACCAAGAAAGUGGAAAAGAACCCAAAAUGACAACACUGAGUGGUGAAACCAAAAAUCCUCAAAAGGGUAUUAUUGGUUUAGACAAGGAAACGGAUAAAACCGAUGGUAUCAACUUUCAACAGGCCAUCAGAGGAUUAGGAAAACGAAGCAUGAACGAAGAAAGACAACUACUAGUGAACAUGGGGGCUGCGAUUUUAGUAAUUGUCACAUUUGGGGCAUACCUCUUCUCAGGGAAUGCUAAACUUUAAAUAUAGUUGAAUGUGUACAGAAACUAAAAAUGUGAAUUAUAAAUAUCCUUUGUGUAAAUAAUAAUCAUUUGGAGAUGUAAAAUGGCUGUUACUGUUUAAAUUAAGCAAAUGGACUUAUAUCAGAUUAGUCUAA